AUGGAGCUGCCGGAGCGCUUGAAAGACCCCGGCGACCAGGCCAGCAAUGAAGAGGAGGUGCUUCGCCCACAGGGUUAUGGCGGCGGCUUGUUCAUGAAUAUGAACCAAAGCAUCUUCGGUUUGAUUGCUGCUGCAGGCAGUCGACCGGAAUUUGCCGACCAGUUCGGAGGUCAAAGUUCGGACGAUGAUGACGUCGACACCUCGAUGACACAGACGGUUGGCGGGCCUGGUUGGCUGAGGUCUGAACAUUCUGCAGCACUGUCUUUGGCCCGAACAACUGUUCUGUCCAAAACUGACGACUCCCGCUCCAAACUGGUCGAGCGCCACAACCGCCAUCGAAGGAAGAUUGCUGAAAGUCGGCUGCUGCGAUCGGUCCCAGGGCUCGCGCGACUCACCAGUAAAAUCAAGUCACCUAAUAAGACUUCCAAGGCCAGGUCAGAUGAUGACGUGCAACAGACUGACGCGGUGCAUUCUGGAUCCCCACAUCCUCCGGAGCUCACCCCCGCCAUUGCGGUCACGCGAACUGACACCAUGAAAGGAGUUCUGGAACCGCCCGCCCAAAUCCCAGCGCGGCCAAGCUUUGACCUCGAUAAACUGUCGGAUGAACCGCCACGAGACAACACGAUCCGCGGGACUGGGCGGACGGAACUCGCCAAGAAGCUCAAGCAGAUCUUCGAAUUCGAGAGCGAAGAGGAAGUGAUUGAGGAAUAUCCCUGUUGGCUCCUUCAACAUGUUCUCCUCGAGGGGCACAUGUAUAUCACAACACGCCAUAUCGCAUUCUAUGCGUACCUGCCCAAGAAGGCUAACGAGGUCUCCAAGAAGGGGUACCUGGCGAAGUCUGGGAAGCGGAACCCCAUGUACAACCGUUACUGGUUCUGCCUCAAGGGCGAUGUCCUGUCGUAUUACCUCGACACCAAGAACGUCUAUUUCCCCCACGGGCAGAUCGACCUGAGAUACGGCGUCUCGGCUCAGCUCACGGACGGAGACAAGGAAAGCAUCCAUUUCACGGUCACUACUGAACAACGGACCUAUUACUUCAGGGCGGACAGCCCGCAGAGCGCUAAGGAAUGGGUCAAGAGCAUCCAGCGUGCCAUCUUCAGGUCUCACAACGAUGGAGAUAGCGUCAAGAUCUCAUUGCCGAUCGAGAAUGUUCUGGACGUCGAAGAAACUCACAUGCUGAAUUUCGCCGACACGUGCAAGAUUCGCGUCAUCGACAACGACGAGACAUUUGCGAUGGACGAGUACUAUUUCUCCUUCUUCAGCUAUGCCAGGGAGGCAAUCAAUGUCCUUAAAGCUCUCGUCGAGGACUCUUCGUCGCGCGAACAGGACACGAGCGACCAGACCGAACCAAGCUCCGAAAGGACCAGCACAAGCAGAAGUCGGGAGCAAGUUGCCAACCUGCCUGGGCCCCGUACCGGGAGGAUCACUGAAGGGGUCAGGGCGACACUGUCCCCGGUUUCGCCUGUGCGCGGAACCUCACCCAGUCCCCGACAAAGCGAGGAGCGUCCCCGCGCCAGCCCCCGCGCAAGCUUCGACCGGUUCCGCUCGUUCACGAGACGAAGCAUGGACGUCGAUCGUAGCAGCUCUCCGCGUCUGGGAUCGCCGCGCCGCAGCUUCAGCGACGGUCGACGGUCGCUUAGCAGAAAACGGCACGAGGGCCACGAACGGCAGGAGAGUAGCGACUCCUACGUCCAUAGCUUGGAUGACCCCAGCCUACCGAGUCUAUCGGCCAUGAUUGCUUCGGCGAGCAGCGCGGACGCAUCGGCCAGUCAGAUCCUGAGAGGCAGCGAUGUUUUCCACAGCCCCACCUUCCAGCGGACGCCCCGGACUCGGGAUGAGCAGGUUGCUUUGUCCCCAUUGUCGACGAAGCCAGCGCCGUCCGCUGGGCAGGAUCGUGGUCGUGGCCAUCAAGCCGCGCAAACUCGUCGCAGCGCAGAGACGGGAGACUUGGAGGGUUCCGCCACGACUCCAACACUCCAGAGCAUUGCCACAAUGGGAGGCUACCCGUUCCGAAAGGCGAAUGCGUUCAUGGGGUAUCUUGACCGGCAGUCCAAACGCAUGAGCAACCUUCUGGCGACCGAAUCUAUGGGCUACGUCGAGAAGGUGUCCGGGAUGUGGAAAGGCGGCAGCAAGCAUUACGAUGAGCCACCCGAAUUGCGGACAGACGAAGAAGAUAGCGUCGGCGGCGCUGAGGAGAGGGCGAAGUCCGAAGCCAGCUUCCGCGCCCACUUUGCUCUGCCGCAAAGCGAAAAGCUCCAGGCGACUUUCUACGCGCACAUGAUGCGUGGCAUACCCAUUUACGGGAAAAUCUACAUCAGCGACCGCCACUUUUGCUUCCGCAGUCUGUGGCUCGGCAGCCGCACCAAACUCAUCCUCCCGCUGCGGGACAUUGAGAAUGUCGACAAGGAGAAAGGUUUCCGGUUUGGAUAUUCCGGCCUUGUGGUCAUCAUUCGUAGCCACGAGGAAUUGUUCUUCGAGUUCCACAAAGCCUCGAUCCGCGACGACUGCAGCAUCACCAUUCUCCAAAGCCUGGAGGCGACGCGAUUUGCGCGUGACUCCAACCAGGACGCGGGAGAGGUUGGGGACGAGGACGAAGAGGCUCAGACUGCCGUGGCAGAGCACGAUGCGCUGCAGAGGGCGCGGACCGAAGGCUUCGCUGAUCACGAAGUGCAGCUGCCACGCGAAACAUCCAGCAUGUCCGAGGGUCCCACCAUUAUUUUCGACGACCCCAAAGCUUCCUUCCUAAACUUCAAGCCGAGCCAACCGCUGAACAUCACCUGCCUCACCAUUGGCUCACGCGGCGACGUCCAGCCCUACAUUGCCCUCUGCAAGAAGCUCCUUGAAGAAGGGCACCAUCCACGCAUCGCCACGCACGGCGAGUUCAAAUCCUGGAUCGAAUCCCACGGCAUUCAGUUCGCCUACAUCGACGGCGACCCGGGCGAGCUGAUGCAACUGUGCAUUCAGAACGGCACCUUCACCUGGGCCUUCCUCAAGGAAGCCAACUCCAAAUUCCGCGGCUUCCUCGAUCAGCUUCUCGUCACGGCAUGGCAGGCUUGCCAAGGGAGUGACCUCAUCAUCGAGUCACCCUCUGCCAUGGCCGGCAUCCACAUCGCCGAAGCGCUUAACAUACCCUACUUCCGCGCUUUUACCAUGCCGUGGACUCGCACCCGGGCAUAUCCGCACGCCUUCAUCAUGCCGGGCCAGAAGAUGGGCGGCGGCUACAACUACUUCACUUACAUAAUGUUUGACAACUUGUUCUGGAAAGCGACCGCCUCGCAGGUCAACCGCUGGCGGAACCGCAUGCUCGGGCUGCCGAGCACCAACUGGGAGAAGCUGCAGGUGCAAAAAGUGCCCUUCCUGUACAACUUCUCACCCUACGUAGUACCGCCGCCGCUGGAUUACAGCGACUGGAUCCGCGUCACGGGUUACUGGUUUCUCAAUGAAGGGGGCGAGAAGUGGACGCCGCCGGCGGAACUGACCGAAUUCAUCGAGAAGGCCCGCCGUGACGGGAAGAAGCUCGUCUACGUGGGAUUCGGGUCCAUCAUCGUCCCCGACCCGGCCAAGAUGACGCAGGAGGUGAUUGAUGCGGUCGACAAGGCCGAUGUCAGAUGCAUCCUGAGCAAGGGAUGGAGCGACCGGAGCAAGACGGAGAAGGGCGAUGUAGUCAAAAUCGGGCCCGACGAGAAGACGCCCGAGCCGGCGCUGCCGCGGACCAUCUUCCAGAUCCAGUCUGCGCCGCAUGACUGGCUGUUCCAGCAGAUCGACGCGGCCGCGCACCAUGGCGGGAGCGGAACCACGGGCGCGAGCUUGAGGGCGGGCAUUCCGACCAUCAUCCGACCUUUCUUCGGCGACCAGUUCUUCUUUGGCAGCCGGGUCGAAGACCUGGGAGUCGGAAUCUGCCUGAGGAAGUGGGGCGCGCUCACGUUUGGGCGGGCGCUGUGGGAGGCGACGCACAACGAGCGGAUGAUUGUCAAGGCGCGCGUGCUGGGGGAGCAGAUUCGCAGGGUAUUUACUACUGUCUUUCACCACAGCCCUCCCCAAUUUCUCAUCCCAACCACAAUGCUGAUUUGA